AUGUAUGUUACAGAUAGCAAUGGUCAAGUUGUAAAGUUUCAGUACUAACAAGAGGACUCAGAUGAGGAGAUAGAUCCAAUUAGGAGCAACUUGAACACUUAAAACAAUGUUAAGCAAGCAUAUAAAAAGAAAUCUUUCACAAAAGCACUUGAGUAAUAAGAAAAACAUCAGCAACAAUAAAUUCAAUAUGAUAUCUAAAAUAUUCCAAGUGUUGAGAUUGAAGAUGUGAUAGAGACAAUCAGCAAUCACAACCUAGUCUAAGUUAAGCCAAAAUCAGUUGUUAGAAACAGUAGUCAUAAAAGUAGUUAUAGUGUUAACAAGCCGAGUAAAAUUUAGAAGGAUCCAAUGGAGGAACUUAGACAUCAGCAAUAAGUAAUGCUAGAGCAAGCAAAGAAAGAGCAGAAUAAAAACUUAAUGGGACAUGGAAUGCUUUAAACAUUUGAAUAAGGCCAAAUUACAAAUGUCCUUCAAGACAUCGUCUAGCAAAAAUCCUUGUAAAGUUUACUAUACAAUGUGAAACCAGAAUUUCUUAGUCAUGAGGAGGUUAUUCUACUAUAUAUAUGGACGAGACCUCUUGUAACUAAUGUAAAAACUAAUAAUGAAUAUUCCAUCUAUGCUCGUGGUAUCCUAAAUGUAGAUGUUAUAUAAGCUCAGGGAUUGCUAAGAAACUGUCAGAAUCAAGAUAACAACUUAGUUAAUAUUGUGGAGAGUUACUUUAAAAUCAAAAGAAGUAUGAAUGAUGAUUAGUAUGAUACAAUACUUAGGAAUGCUGUAUAUUCUGCAGAUAAAGCUGCUGAAAUCAAAUAAAAACUAGAAGUUCUAGGUGAAAAUUGGUUUAACUUCAAAGAAUAACUGAAAAAUAUAAAGCUUUAAGAUGCUCCGAAUAUUACAAAUCCUAAACUGAUGAAACCCUCUGUUAAACCAGAUUUACAAAUGAUGGAAUAGAAGAAAUCUGAUAGCACGUUUCAAGAUGUUGAAAUCCUUAUGAAGCUAAUACCUUUCUUUGAUAUACCUCUAUCUCAAUCUAAAAGAGUAGUGCCAGAGGCUAAUCAACUAAGAAAACUGCUCUGUAUUGCCAAAGCAGAAGCUUAGAUGCUUCAGAGAAAAAAGAAGCUGAAUACUCUAUUUGAGAUUAUCAAUACCUACUUUGAACAUCUAGUCCUACCUGAAAUGACAGAAUUGCUUUAAUAAGAAUUAGUAACUUGUUUUUACAAUAAUCAUCAGAAGACUAGAUUAUUCGUUUCUACUUUACAAAGGAUUGUUUGGGAAUACAACUAUGUGAACAAGAUGUUUAUAGAGCAAUACAGAAGGAUAAGUAAUCUAAAUGAUUCAAAUAGCUACUUAAUGAUGGCUCCCUCAAGAGAUUUACUGAUAUUUGGUGGGUAUUAUCCUUUUACUCUCAGCCAAUUAAAUGCUCUUAUGAUGCAAGUUUAGAAAAAUAAAGCUGUUAAAUCGUUUCUUGAUCUUACGAAUAAUUUCAUUGAUUAAGAUGGCAUUCAGUCUUUAUUAGACUUGUUCUAUGAUUCCUUUGAUUUGAAGGUUGGAUAGAAAUAUGAAGCGCCAAUACCAACUAGCAUUAGGAUUCUCGUGCUUGAUUAUAAUUUCCUUGGAAAAUACGCAGCAUUAGCAGUAAAUUCAGACCUUAAGCUGUUAAGUCUUGGAUAAAAUAAACUGGGCAAUAUUGGAAUAGCUAAUUUGGCAUCUGCUUUAGUAUAAAAUAAAGGCCUGAAAUUUCUAGAUCUAUUUGAUUGUGAAUUCACUGAUGAUGGAGCAUUUAAUUUAGCAGAGUCAAUUUUAUAAAACAAAACGCUAAUGAGUCUCAGACUAGCAAAUACAAAAGUAACUUUAGAUGCUUCAACACCUUUAAUAAAGUAAAAUUUAUCUUUAUUUAUAAUUACUAGUGCUAUUUAAGGUUCUUAAACCCUCAAAGUGUUUAGAUGGUCAAAUAUGCUUCCCUUAAUAGCAAGAGAAAACCAAUCAGAUUCAAAUGAUCCCCAUAGAAUAAUUCAAAUUGAGUCUAGAAACAACCAAAUUUCAAGAGGGAUUUACUUUAAUCCAAGCAUUGGUGAUUUAGCCGUAGAUUUAAUCCAGGAUGUAUUCAGAUGCUGCUACUUUGAACAUUAAAAUGAUGAUGAGCUAGACUUAGAAUUGAAUCAGAUACUUUAGUCCUACUGUGAUUAUGUUUGUUAUAACUGGUCAAUGUUCGAAAGUGGAUCUUAUAAGCAGUUUUUGCAGAGACCUUAGUUCCAUUAUAAAACUUUGCUAACUGAGGAGAUGAUUAGGAAUAAUUUGCCAGAACUAAGUGCAGAGGAGAAAAUUUUACUCUAAAUGGAAACACUGGAGGUUUAAAAAGACUAAGCAAACAAUUAUUUAGUUGAAGGGAAGAGGUAAAAUGAAGGAAGUUCCUCAUAGAUGCUUUUAUAUGAUCAGUUCAACAAGACAAAUAAGAUUCCCGCAAAUAAUAACUUAAUUCAAAAGACAAACACAUAAUUAGAUUCGAUUCCUAAUUUCUAAAUGAGUGAAUUUUUCUAGGGAUCUUCUUAUUGCAAGAAUAUUGCCAAAGAACUACUCUUUCAUUUGAUGUAUUUUGGACUCAAUGUGAACUACUUAAACUAAGAGGGGUUCACUCCUUUAAUGGUUGCAAUAAUGAAGAAAUUUAAAACAUUAUAAAAAUGCCUACUCACAGGAUAUUUGAUAGAGAUUGAUUUAAAUAUUAGGUGCAAAAAUGUAUAGUUUAGAGAUUACACAUGCAUUCACUUUGCUGUUAUCUAUAAUGAUUAUGAUACACUCAAAAUUCUCUUGGAAUAUCCUGGUUAACAUAAGCCUGAUCUAGGUAUUAAAGAUGGAAAUGGUAAGACACCCUUAGAGCUUGCAUUAUAAAAUAAUCUCCCAAAAAUGACUUAACUUUUGUCUUAAUACGCUUUGAAUUAAUAAAAAUAAAUAAACGAGGAGUUAAAUAGGAUGAAUAUGAAGAAAUAGAUGUUGGAGGAUUAACAAAUUAAUGAAAGAUUAAUAAUGGAUGAAGAGAUUGAUUAGUUUAAGAAGCUUUUGUACGGAUCCAAUUAAUUUGAUCGCCAAAGUUUAAGUACUCGCCCAAUGUGA